AGGAGAAGAGAGUCGUCAGACUUGGACGGUAUCUGUUUACGGAUAGGUACCGGUUGUGUUUCAUCAGCUCGUAUCGGACCGCUGUGGCGUAACAGUGGCUACGAAUUAGUGUAACACAACGCAUGUGGUGGCUAAAGCGGUGAGAUUUACUCAACUAUUACCGGUAGCACAGCUCUUUAACUGGAGUUUUACUUACAUUACCUGUUAUACACCGUCGGUAAGGUUCUUUAAACAGAACCUACCGACUCACACGCUAAUCCAAGCACAGUGAUGAGUAGACUUUUAAAGCAAAGUCACUCUUCAUAAAUAGGGCUUAAAGGUCCAAAAAAGAUCAUAGGCAUGUGCAUACCGAGGGAAUGGUAGCACAGCGCUUUUGUCAACAGAGGAUGUCGGUUUAAAAGCUGACACUAAUCCUCUGAUCUUCUCACCUCACAUGGGAGGAAUGAGAGCCUUGGUUUAAACCGGCUGAGGGGUGCGAAUGACAUGUAAUGAUCGCUGUGAUUGACUUAAACGAGUCAACACCUAACUGAGUUCUUAAACUGGAACUCAAAAUUUCUACGUCUAUCAACUGCAAGGGAUGGUAGCUGACAGACGUGUGGACUAAGGACGAACCCAACACUUCAUCAAACAACGGCUGUUUUCCGAAGCUCGAGGAUGGCUAAACAACAACAACACCCGACUAAUAUUUAAUAAACACUCGACUAAUAUCUAAUAAUAAAGACCCGACUAAUAAUAAACACUCGUUACCAUAAUAACCCUUAUAUAAUGUUGGGGUAUAAACUAAUAAACUAAUAAUUACCACUUAAUCUAUUAAACUAUUGGGGGAUAAUUGCGCUAUUAUGACUCAUUAAAGCUCGCUGUGAUUUAAAAACUAUAAAUGUAUUCAUUAAAUAUAACCAUUAUUUUUUUUAUUAUGUUUAUAACAGAUGUCUAAUAAUAAAUCAAACAGUGACUCUUCUAUGGACUCGUAUGGAAACAAUCAAGGGACAAAUGAUGCCAACAAUAAUGUGCCGCUUAAUAAUAACUCAACUAAUAAUUCAGUGAACCUACCUUAUUGUGAACCGUCAACUUCACGAAUUAAUAACCCAAUCGAUCCAUAUGAUAUUGAAGUAAUUACCAUCUCUAGUGAUUCAGAAAUGGAUAUAGAAAACGCUGAAGAUGAGAUAACACCUGAAUACUUUUUAAGCACAUACAGUGAUUAUAGACAUCCAACAAAUCUGACAACUCUAAGAAAUAAUCUAUACUCCGAGUUAAUGGCAUAUGAAUGUUACGACGACUUCUAUGAUUCAAAUGAUGCGGAUGACGAGAAUGAUACAAGCAAUGCAGAUAAUGUAAUUGAAAACGCAACAAACGAAGAAGACGCCGAUGUAGUUGACACAGGAAUUGCGGAUGAAAUCAAACCAGUACUCAUUGGUAUCAGAGAUAACACGGAAAUAAAAAAUGAGCCACAAUUGAACCACCAAAUAGGAGCAGUAGUUAAUCAAACACCAGCAACACAUUAUGGACAAUCAACCGACGAUGUAUUUAUCGGACAAAACAGUGAAUUUAAUUUCAGUGUACCAUUUGGCUCUACUUUUGACGCGUAUAACAGACUUAGAUGUUCUGUUAGUACCUUUAAUACUGGAUAUCAAAAACUUUUCAUUGGACUUAACUCUGGACAAAUUGCAGCAUUUAAUAACGGAUCACUAAGACCAAUAUAUUUUAAACUACAACAGAAAAUGAACGCACCGAUAAAAAUUAUUAAAAGUGGUGUUAAAAUUAAUCACUUAUUAGCAGCGACUGACAACACAAUUGCAUAUUACAACGAAUUAAAUGGACAACAAAUCUAUUCUCACACAUAUAAAGUUGGUAAAAUUAUUUCAAUUUUCAAUGAAUGUCACCGUAAAUUUGUUAUUAUCACAAAAGAAAAGUUUACACAAAUUGACGAAUUAAUAUUUAAUGACAACAUCUUAGUGAAUGUACGCUACGCAACAGGUAUUGCAGGAGAGGCUGAAGGGAUCGCAUUUGAUGCAUUAUCAAAACAUAAUACAUCGAAAGACGGACAAUCAAUUUUCACAUUACGAGCAAUAUUAUUAUUAAAAACGGACGAGAGAAAAGUGAUACAACUUAAAGUUUAUGAAAUAGAAAUUACUGGUAAUGUCAUCAAACAAAAGUUUAAAACUCCUGUUGUAAUUAAUGGUAACAUAGCAGCCGAACACAAAAUGGUGGUAACAACGAAUUAUAUUAUUUUGGCAGAACUGUUUAAUCCAGAUGUUCCAACGACUUCAAGGAAUAUUCAAAUCUAUCGAAACGAUACGCUCCAUAAAUGUUUUAGUUGUACACUUGGCGCACCAAUAAGAGAUAUUGUUUGGAGCAAAAAUUAUCUUCCUUUAAUAACUGAACUAAUGCAAAUUGACAUAAUGAACUUAAAUGAUUUGCAAAGAACAUACUUGGUCUCAUGUGAACGACCUAUUAUCAAAGCAUUAAUAACGUCAAACAACAAUCAAGCAACAAAUGAAUCACAACUGGGUAUUUUAUACUUAGGAACUGAUUCAGUACUUCGACAUAAAAACCUUAAAGACUUUUUAAUAACUAAAGAAACAAAAAUUGUGAAAGUCAACAACCGAAUGAUGAUAGCGCCGCCAAAGGACUUGGGAAUGAUAAGAAUUUCAAGCACCGAAUCUAAAUUAUCACCAUAUUAUUAUAGAGCAUUAGCAAACUAUUAUAAUAUAGAAAUAAACGAUUUUGUAUAUCACACUUCGUCAGACUUGGACGGUAUCUGUUUACGGAUAGGUACCGGUUGUGUUUCAUCAGCUCGUAUCGGACCGCUGUGGCGUAACAGUGGCUACGAAUUAGUGUAA